AUGUAUUGCAUACUUCUAGGCGCGCUCAUUGUGACAGCGCGUUUCUGUGAAGGUGGACACAUCUGCUCGUUGCCACGUGAAUGCUGCACCCAGGGUUGCUGUCCGCCGUAUCAAGGUGGACCGCGUCAAUUGCCCCCCUCGUCAGAGCACGUACUGAACUUAUUCUUCAUCAGCCACUGGUUCUUUUGGUGCGUUGUGGUUGCCAUCAUCCUAGCCAUUCUUUGUGCCUAUUCCUUGUGGAAAAAACGACGCACACUUUGUGGCUGGGGCUUCAACGAUCAUCAUCACACACAAUCCGAGGGAGAUUCCGCGGGUUCCUGUUAUGCACCUCCGCAAUACAGUCGCUGCAAUUCAUUUCAUCAUCCGCCGCCGCCGUACACAGAGGUCACAUCAAAACCGGAUCUGUAUCCUCUGGUCUUCACCUGCAACAGCGACAAUAGCAAAGGCAACGCUGGCUCCAGCUAUCUGAUGGUGCAAUACUUCCGCAACUAUAUUGUGCGACCUGCGGGAUCCCUGAGUGCAGCCAGCACCGAGGAAUCCCUCAGCUCCAGCUUCAUAUGCAAUGCCAACGAGGCGAACACCUUGGUUCCACCUCCAUAUUCUCGUGCCGCUAGCCCCGAGCUGAGUCUGCAGUAUGCUGCCGGAGGUGGUGGCAUCUCACAUCCGGAGCCAGUGCGCAAUUCGCAGCUGGCGGCGCCGAUGUACGGCCUGCCGCGAUCCGCCUCGCAGCUGGUGGAGCUGGAGUAUCAGCCGAGGCAUCAUCAGGUGAUACCGGCACAUUACGCGACUGUGGCGCUGGGCGACAGUGUGGAUGGGACGCAUUAUAGUACGCGUUUCAAUGCAACACACGCCCUAAACAGUGGACACUUUUCACCAGAUGAUUCGUCAAUUGGCGGCGAGUCAGGGAAUCAAAUGCGUCAAUUGAGCGGAGUUGGAGUUGGAGUAGGAGUUGGAAGUGGAGGUGGAGGUGGAGGUGGAGGUGGAUUUCUGCAAUCGCGCAGCGAUCAACACUUUCGCUAUAUGGCCAACAGCAUCAAUAGCCUUAGUGAGAUAUUUGUGAACAACAGUUGCGCCGCCGGCUUGGGCGGCACAGCGCCAACGGAUGUGGGCGGCGAUCAGGUUGCAAGUGGCGCCGCCACACAGGCCACAUCAUUGUGCAGCCUGGCCUUGGCAGCCGGUUGCACGCCUGUCAUCUAUAGCAAUGGCUGCGUGCAGCCGAAUCCAUUGAAUAGCCUCGAGAACUGCUGCCAACUGAUGUCGAUGUCCGGAGUGGAGGCGGCGGGUGCCACAGUCACCGCACCGACAACCGCAAGCACAGUCUCGGUCUCAGGUGUGAGCAGCCUUUCGAACAUCGGCACACCUGGCUCACCGCCCCAGGCCACAAGUCCCACAGAUGAGGUGCGCGAAAUACUCGAUCAGAUCAGGCAUCUGCAGGCGGGCGUUAGUUAUGAGCAAUUGCUGCUUGCCAAUGGCGGUGGCCACAAGCCGCGUCUGCAGCACACACUCUCCACACCCAUGGCAAGACCCUCAACACUGCAACAGCAACAGCCACAACAACAACAACAACAUCAGCACUCCACUUCAGCGUCAGCUUCAGUUUCAGCUUCAGCUUCGGGAGCAACACCGAUGCCAAUGACCAUAACGAGUAGCAAAAGCAAAAGCAAAUUGAAUGUGUCGAAGCCGCCGAACAAAGCGUUGUACAUACCGAUGGCUGCGAUUGUGGCGCCCUCCUCAUCCGCCCAGCGCUGUGUGCUCAAGAGUCCCGUCAGCAAUGUGGCAAGCGGUGCCACCAGUUUCCUGGUCAAUCGUGGACGCGUGGUGCGCAAAGGUUGGAUCUCACGCUCGGCCCCAACAACACCGGCCAGCGGCUUGCCGCCGAAUCGCUUUGGCGAUGACAGCCCGUUGCUCAAUGAGCACGAUGAGGACGAGGCCAUCGAUGAGGCACAUGGAGAACAGUAUGAAUAAUGCGAAGAGACUCCAUAAUAAAUGACCUUAAAUACGAUAUUUAGUUUGUAGAACACUCGGUAAAUAGAUGGGCCUGUUUUUGAGGCCAAUUGAGUCCCCAAAGAUAAACGCAACGAGCUGCAUCAAGCAAGGCAGUAAAUUCCAAUUUUAGCUUGGAUUUGAACCAGAAUGCGGUUCACGAAACGGAUAUUUUUCGAUUGCUUAAAAACUUGCUUUUUCGUUUGAAACUUGAUUUACUCCGAUAAUUUUGUUUUGUUAUUUAUUAAAAAUCAAUCUUAAGAAAAUAGUUAUCCGGUUAAUUUUAUAUAUAGUUUAAAAGUUUUUAUUUGGCAACCCAAUGAUUAUAAAGAUUGUGGAAUCUGCUUUCAUAUUAGUUUCAGAUUCGAUUUCUUCCUUUAAUUUUCUUUAUUGUAUUUACAAAACGAAUUUUCAUACCAAGAACAAACUUAAAAGUGGUCUGAUUCUUUUCUCAUUUGUGAUUUGUAAGCUAGCAUUAGCAAAAUACUGUUUGACCGAUUGUUCCUAUGAAACAAUUACAAUACUGGACUUAAACUGACUACUUGUUGGUGCCUUUGUCAUACGAAAAACUGGAACAACCAGUUAAUCUAUGAUAAUCCAAUUGAACAUGGAUUAAGGCGAAAUUUGAAAGCAGCUGAUGGAAAAAAUCAAAAUAUAAGAAAACCAUAAUGAAUAUUGACAUUUGGGACAUAGAAAAUCACGAAUUGAGUAACUAAAGAAACAACUUCCACAAUACUUGCCGAAAUAGUCAGAAUAAUUAUCGCUGAAUAUAUGAUUUAGACAACAUUCGCACAAUUAUCAAACACAAAAAUAAAUAGAAAAAACAUUAUCUUGUUCGGAAGGAUCAGCCCUAAGACACUCACACACAAAUGACCCAACAUAUUGCAUCUGAAUAUUGAAUAUGAAAAUACACGAAUGUGAAGUCAUAAGAUUGCAAAUUUCUUCUUUGAAGCUAUGCUCAACUAAUGAUGAAUAUUUUGCAAAGCAAAAAUAGUUGAGAAUAAAUCGAUGCAGAAAAUAAUUGAUUCAUAUAAAUUCAAAAUGAAUAUUUAAAAGUCAAAUAAUAGGUAACAAUACAAUCAUUAUGAAAGUUUGGUCGUCAGCAGUUUAAAUAAAUAACUGAGCAUCUGUCGAUAUUUGUGUUCGUGAAGCAAAAAACUCUUCAAUAAUAUCGGUUUGCGCAGAAAAGUAUGCAACAUUUUUUCGCAAAGAAUUGCAUUCUUUGAAGCAAUCCGUGAUUUGUGGAUUUUGUUGAACAGUGCUGUCAACAGUGAUAUUUAUUUAGCCGAACUAAUCUAGAAACAAAUACAGAAGGUGGCUCUGAUAAAAUUGAGCAUAGCAUACAAUCAAAGAGCCGAGAUAAAAGAAUGCUUCACACAUCUGUUGUUUGUCAUGUAUUCUAAUAUGCUGAUACUAUAUGUAAGAUAUACGUGUGUGAGAACCAAUUGCCAAUUUAGUAUCGCUUAACAAAAUUACAUUACAUCACCGAAAAAAAAAACAAAAAAUGAAUUUAUGUAUGUCAAAUAUGUACAUUGUGAGACCUCCUUUUGAAGAUUUUUCAUAUGUGUAUGUAAAUUAUAUAUGUAGCUCUUUAUCUUAGUGUAUGUAGUAUGUAAUAAUUUUAUAUUUUAUUGGCUACUUUAACUUAAAACAAAUCGCACAUACAUAUUGUACAUCUAUGUGAGUGUGUGUGUGUGUGUGCAUGUACACACCCAUAUGUAUAUAUGUAUAUACAUAUGUAUGAUGUAUAGAUGUUAAUUUCUUAAUUACUACAUUUGAAUCUUGUAUUUGGCGAACUAGUCGAGAUUGUUCAACUACCAGAAUACUCUGAGGCCAUAAUGUCGAUACUCUAAUCAAAUAGUUGCUUAAAAUAUACGAAUGAAAUCCUUAUUGACUCAACGCACAGCCCACAAAUAGAGAUAUAUGCCAUACAUCUUCAAUUUAAUAGUCCAAAGAAGCCCUGAAAUUUCCAAUUUCUAAUGCAACUGCAAAAUUAACUUCCAAGUCUAAUUUUGUUUGACUUUCAAUGAAAGGUUUAUUCGUCUGAUGCAUUACGUGACGAUUCAUUUAAAAUUGUUUCAAUAAUAUUUAUUGUCAUUUAAAAAAUUAUAUUUGAUUAAUUUUAUAGCUGUUGCAGCAACAUGAAAAUAAGCAGCAGCAAUUACAAAUUUCAACUAAAAAGGGUAACACAUGGGUUAAGAGUAUCUUGUAUUCGAACAGUUUCCACUAAAUUGUUGUCAUGCUUUUGUGAGAAAUGCAAAAUGUUGAAUUAAUGACUUGAAGCACUGAUCACGAUUAAAAGCUAAUUUAAGCAAAACAUGAUAGGAUGAGCACAAAAUUUAAAUGAAAACAACUAAGCAAGUUGCAGUUGAGUAUGCUCGACUGACAGAUACCCGCUACUCAUUUUUCGAAAAUACAAACAAAAAUAAGUCUGACCAAAGCAAACUGAACUCGGUGCCAGCUGCAACCGAUAUUCAGUCUAUAAAAAUUGUUUCUUGAACAAACCUAAAAGUUCGAUCGCCAUAUUAGGAGGAUUCAUACAGAAUGUAGUGACUGUAAUGAAGGGAGCUUGAUCAAAUUAUACGAAGAAAAAACAAACUUGAUCCACGUGCAACACAAAAGAGUUUUGUCACCAAAAUUUUGUAGUUAUAGAUCUCAUAGUCUCUGAGAUCUAGGUGUUCAUUCUGACAGACAGACAGAUUACUCAAAAAGAAUAUAAAAAAAUAUAUAUAUAACAUAGUAUGUGCAUUUGCUUUAUAAGGUCGGAGGCGCCUCCUUCAGCGUGUUACAUAGAUUUGCGGUUGUCACUAAGUUAUAAUACUUGUAACACAUGUACCCUAUGGGUAACGGGUCUACGUACAUACAAGAAACAAGAAACAAGAAAAAAUGCAAUAGAGUGCUCUCAGAAAACACUCCAAAUUGUUGCUAGAACAUUUUUAUUACACAUUUAUUGUAGGGUAUUGAGAUAAUUACAUUAGAUCUACAAUAAACAAAUAUGUUAAUCUAAAGAGUUUUAAUACAACACACACAUUCACUGUUGCACAUUCGAUGGUGACAGACAGAAAACAGACAGAGAAGCCGCCUAAAAACUAUGGAGAGAAUAAAACCGGAAACAAUUUUAAGUAUAGUGGAAAGUAUUAUAUACAAAAAUAAAUAAGAUCUGAACAGAAUAUAUAAUAAUAAUGGAUAAAAGUGACGAAUUACAAUGCAGCAG